AUGCUGCUUUUUGUCGUUUGCUGCUAUUCUGGAGGUGAGAAAUCGCAGCCAAAUGCUCCUCCAGCUCUCCAUCUUAUCUGCGUGUGGCUGUCUUUUCUCUCCUUCUGCUUGUAGGCAAUUUCAACGACGUGAGGGAGGGGCUGCUGGAGGUCACUGAUGAGAGCGGAACAGCGAAGAAGAGGCUCGCACAGGUCCGGACGAAGCGCACCUUAGAAAAAACGCACACACGGACGUGUCUGUAUCCAUUCAAGAAUACGCGCAUCCAUGUGUCCUUUUUCCGUGCCCCUUUGCAGUAUCGUUUGAGUGGCAAGGGGUCACACACAGCAAACAUCCUGUGUGCUAUGCAUCGACCGACUCCCUCAAGCGAGUGGAAACUUAAAGCGAUCGAUCAGCCGGCCAACGGUGCUCACUUCAUGGACAUCCUGGACAAGAUCUUAACUGAGAUCCGGGCGUACAUUCCAACGGCAAAGGAGACCAAGCUUGCGUUUGCCAUGAGCAAAGGUAGAAGAGCAACCACCAUCGGCGUUGAUUCGUUGAUGGAUGCUGGAUGGCAUGUCAGGUGACGUGUUCCUUUCGGGACGUCCCAAUCAACCAUCGCAUGGUGCGAGCAUGAAGCGCUGCUCACACCAACGGGCAUGUACAUGGCAUGCUGUCUCUCUUGCAGUGGAUUAGGUGCAAAGGGCACAUGUCCCAUCCGAUACGAUAUCGUUUGCCUGUGGAUCACCAGUAGGAUGGGACACUGACUCUGGCAAGGUCGACUUGGAUGCAUCGUGUGUGCUGCUGGACGAGAAGGGCAACGUGGUCGAACCCGUCUACUUCGGCAACCUCGAGUCCAAGAAGCACGGCAUCACUCACUCGGGGGACAAUUUGACAGGUAAGGAGAACCGAAAUCUGCCACUCUCUCUUCGGUUGGUCAUCGUCUCGUUGCCCGCUCGCACAUCAGGUGACGGAGAUGGCGAUGACGAGGUGAUUACAUGUAGGCUGGACCGCGUCGGACCAGACGUCGCCACGCUCUUCUUUGUCAUCAAUAUAUACACACUGGGAAAGACAUUCAAAGUGGGCCGAGACACGACACGAGGAACAUUCUCUUCACACGUCUGCGAUCCCUGACCUUUGUGUCUGUUUGUGUGCAGCAAGUAGCCAAUCCCUUCUGUCGGGUGAUGGAUCCCAAAACCGGUUGCGAGUUCUGUCGAUAUCAGGUGGUACGAGUUCUGUCGAUAUCGGGCGAUGAUGGCCACCGCAGAUGAUGUCUCGCUUCCUUUCUUUCAGCUGAAUGAUCCCAGUCUGUCGGGCGCCACAGGUCUCAUCAUCGCACGCAUGGAGCGAGACAGAGGCGGCCGAUGGGGGUUCCAUGCCAUGGGCCAGCCUGCCAACGGUCAGCAGAACAGAGGACACAUUUCUACCUGAAGGAGAAACGGAUACAUGCAUCCCUGGGCGUGUGUGUCAUGUCAGGUCGCACAUACGCCGAUUGCGUCGGAGAGAUGAGGCGGCUGCAACGUGUCGAGACGGGAAGCCUCGGUCAGAAGGGAGGACAGGGCGGCUUCGAGCUGCCUUUCUUCGGCCGUUUCCCCUGA